GGAUAUCUGAGUUUUUGCGUUACAGGCCAGGUCGGCUUUUCCGGCUAGCGCUACGUCCCUUUUGGAAUUAGGAAAAGUAGCAAGGCUUUCUUGGUGCUGAACGCAAACGAAAAAAUUACUUCGGAUAUGAAAAUCAACUUUGGUCUCGGUGUUUUUAGAGUGCACUUCCGUGCUUGUCCUACUAUAUCCCAUGUCGAGGCUUUCUUUCUAGCGCUCACGCCAAAUGUACGCCACAUCUAAGCUGAUCAUUCCACCAAAACCGGCUCGAAACAUUCCAUACAUUCCUAAACUACGCAUCAAACUUCGGCCAUCCCUAGUCAAAGGACGCUCUGUCAAGCAGGAUGGAGUGCUUAACACGGCUUCGCGUGGGAAGAAUUUAACCGAUAGAGACUUGAAGGACGCUUAUGUAUAUUCACGAUUUAUGAAUGGCGGAGCGCGUCAGUCGGACGAAAGUCAGACUUUGGAUCUUCAGGAUGAACCCAAUGUUUGUGACGAAAACUCUGCCCCUCUAAAGUUCCGUACUCAGGGCACAUUUGUCAGACGUUCUGCCUCAAAGAAACAGCAUGUGGUUUUGACGGAAGACAUCGAUAUUGAUGGCCCGGAGUCCGUGUUAACUAAGAUCAACUUGAAAGCGAUCAUAAACCGUGAAACCUUCUACGCUCUUCCUGUGGAAGCCCAACGAAUGUUGGCCGACUUGUUACCCGUCUACGAUCGACACAAACACACCUGGUCUUCAUUCACUGGCCUUGAUACAGAACCGGACGAUGCGAAACUUACCCCUGACUCAUCUGUGGCCAACGACGAUUCGUCCGUCUGGCUUCAUCCAUCUGCUUUGAGCAAUGAGUUUUUCGGCAAAGCCCUGCAGGACUAUGCCUCUCGUCAAGCUCAAGGCGACUUUGCGCCAAGAGUACGCAAUCGUGCUGGACUGCGUACGUCUGCAAACAACCGAUGCCGCUAUAUGUUGCCCGUGUCAGCUGAAAGCCCCCAGGAAAAAGUAACCACAAGGAGCUUUCCCUGCAAUAGCACACCUCGCUUGAAUCAUGUCCGACGAACGCCACAGACCAGCCGAACCAAACCAUCAGUCCUUUCUAGUCAAACCAAUGGGCAGUUACGCAAGCGCAAACUGAUCGGCGGCUCUUCUCAAGUAUCUCCACGGGAGAGUACCUCUAUCCCCACCUUGAAAGUGAAGAAAAGUACCACGGUGAAGUUAACCAAGUUUGGUAGCAUCCGUCAAAGCCGGCGCAGUGCCCGUUUCUCACGGCCGCCAGACUUGGAUUUGAACCCGCCCAAGACAGAUAGUGUAUUAUCACCUAACCAGUGCGAAGAAGCUUCUGACCUACUGGGACAUUACUCGUCUGUGCUCGAACCAGUCGUAUCGGUUGAUGAUUCUGAUGUUACGGGACAACUGGCAUCUGCUGAGAUCAAAUUACCUUCCCCCAUCACCACUUGUGGUACACAUUCGACGGAGUCCAAGCCCACUACGGGACUGACUUCUCUGUCCCCCCAGUCUCGGCAGUCCAGUGAGCAGGAAAGUUUACAAAAGCGUGCGAGAAAGCUGUCUGUGGUUCCGCAGUCAUCACCCACACUGGUGCAUCCGCUUCCCAAUGAAAAUAAAUAUGCUAGUCCUCUUGGUUCUCCACGUCCAACCCGUGUCUCUCGGGCGUUGUCUUCUACCCUGGAUUCUCCCGUCCCUUCCCCAAUGCCGCCUCCGCGCCAGACCAAGACACUAGCAGCUGUACGCGAAAAGCUUCGAGCUAAACGCAUGAUGAAGGAAGCGGAGCGACAAAGUCCCGGGCAAUCGUACUAUUCACUACCCGGUAGCAUGACCCCUCACCCAGCAAGUGGAGCCAGUGGUUAUUUUCAUCAACCAUCCAGCUAUCCUUCAAAUGGUGGAUUCGGAGUGUUGUCGACAAAUAGCACAAAGCGGUCAUCAAGUGCACUUUCUUCUCCUCGUAGUCUUCAGUCUCUUUCUCCCAGACCGUGUGACAAGCAGCUUACAACUAAUCAGGUCACAUCCAUGGAGACCGCCACGCUUCAUUCGGAUACGGAAAGUGAUCUGAAUAAGAUUCUUCCCACUAGUCCAGCGUCGCCAUGUUCACUUCCGGGUGCUGAACUUCUCUCUCCAUUGCCAAAUAUUUGCCUGACAGCCGAGCUGCCUUCUCUAUUGAGUGACCAGGAUCACACCACAUUUAGUUUAGACUUUGCUGGCCAAUCCUAUCCUUCGUCACCGCAUUCGUCUACAUCACCAGUAGCCAUGAACGGACCACUCUCUUUCGAACCAACACGAUCACCUCAGUCUGCCAGGAACGGUAUUACUUCCUGUCAUUUUGAGUUUCCACACGAACAAAGUACAUCCGCUCCGCCAACCCCGUCGACUCAUCAGACUGGCCAGACUCUGCUAUGUUCUUUUAGCAAUGUUUCACCCUCUUCCAUUCUCUCGUCGGGUGUCCAUACAAACAACACCGGUCUUGCGCAGCAUUGUAUCACCGCUGUUUCAGUCCCGAAUUCCCCGUCACAAGUAACCUUGAAGUUCCCUUCGUUAUGCACGACGCUUCCUAAUGACGCAACAACUGCUCUGAAACCACCUGUUUCCCCCCUUCUCGAACCUGCGAUUACCGGCCAUUCCGUGACAAAGAACCAAGUGGUCCUACCAACAGCUUUUAACCUUCCCUCUGUCUCUACCUCAUCACCCGUGCGUUCCAGUCAGUUGAUUCCGUCAUUAUUUAUGUCUGUUUCGACAAACUCUCCAGUUCUUAGCCAAACGCUUCAAUCUACUAGCCUCCCCCGCGACACUGCUGUGUGCAAUACAACGCCGAGCUAUACUAUAUCGUCUUCAUCCAUUCCGUCAGCAGUUUCUCAGUUGCUUGUUGGGGGUGGUAGCAGCAGUAGUAAUGGCGGUAACAGCAACACUAACGGCGGUAACAACAAACCGUCGACUACUACAAGAGCGUUUUUCGUGGACGGUGACAAUUUGUCUCAAGCACUGGCCCUGUUGCAGAGCUUGAACCCGAAUGCUACUAUCACACAACAACAGUUCCUUCUCAUUCCGAGUGCCAACAAGUCCCAGAUGUUUCUCCUUCGACCACCUUCGAGCAAGAGUCCCUCUGUUGCUGCAUCACAACCUCCGACAUCAUUGUCUGUGCCUGCUUCCCAGACCAACCCGUCAACAACAACCGUUGUUCGACAGCCGGCAAGCUCGGUUGUAGCCUCACCUAUCCCACCCAGCUCAUCUGGUGAGCUAAAGUCAAUGGUUGAUACACAGCAGGUCAGCUGUAGUUCGUCGGCAGCGAAUAUUUUACCAAGUGUGCCAAACCAGAUUUUGGCCAAGACACUGUCCACACCAUCAUGCGAGAGUGCGACGUUUCCGGUUAAUAUCAGACCACGUCUAGUCCCAACUGAACUAACAGUACCAAUAUACCAACAACCCUCGGCCGCGCCACCGCCACUUCCUCCAAGAGCUUUGGUCUGUUCCACAGCGAAUUUGAGUUCACCCACGCUGCUACCGUUAAAACCGCCACCAUCACAUACAAGAUCGCUCUCUAAUGUUGACCUGGACCAAGAUCGAAUUGGACCCAAACCGCGCAGUGUCUCACCAAAAAUAGCCUUACCUCCGACGCACAGUAACAAAGUGUCUGCUGCUGCUACCGUGCUGUGUGCUAAUCCGACGGCACAAUCCCAGAUCACUUUGUCACUGCUUACAUCCAGUCCUUCAUUACUGGGUAAUGAAGCACCUCUGGUGUUUCUCACGGACUCUCUUCGUCCUGCCCCAACCGUAGUACAUCCGAACACACGACAAGUUAGCCUACUGCAAGCAAAUGUGGUUGAACAGGCUUACUCUGUCUAUACGCAAUCCUCUACCGGUACCACUACACUGCUUACCCCGUCACCUGUAACUGUGAUAAAUCCGUCUUCUUCCUCUCUACCCCCUCUUGCUUCGCAACUUCCAGCUAUUCCCGCCCCGUCCUUUUACACCAAUUCAUUUUCUGCCCUGUCACGUGAGCCCACUUUACCACAUUACACCGCCACACUAGGUGGAAACAAGUUUGUCACCACGGACCAACCACACACAGUCAUACAAACAAAUCCGGUCAACUGUUAUCCAACCACAAUGGUACAAACACUUCCGGUAACCUAUCUACCAGCAGCUACCAUCGUGUCCCAUUGUUCUCCCGCACUUGUGUUUCCACACACGGUGCAGACUCUGCAACCGGAUCAGACCCACCUAGUUAGUAGGGAUAACGGAAUACAGUUCAGCCGACAUCCCGUUUGAAUGUAUCAUUCACUCUUUCACCCAGCUUCAGUUUUCAGCUCGUCCUUUCCUGCUGUUCCGCUUGUUCUGCUGCUGGCCUUCCUCAGAUACAAGAUAGACACAACAAAUAUGCUUCACAUAAACAGUGCAAUUGUCAACACUAUUAUUACUAUUAUUGUUGUUAUUAUUACUAUUGUCUUUGAUCCAAAGCAGCUUUUCUAGGUUUCCACGUUUGUCCAUUUCAUUCUCUGUCCAUCUAUAUGAUUCUUUGCAAGUACUGUCAAGACGCUAGAGAUGCGCGUAGUCUUUUCAGUUCGCGUUUCGAUCAUCAGUCCGCCUUCGAAGCCAUGUCCAGCCAUCAUCUUUACUUUGCAUCAGUGGUCCCUUUAUUGUGAUUGUUCAUCUCGAUUGUUGUUCCUUCCCGUCUCUACCGUUAUUUCACCUCAAAUACCGCUCCUUCUUCCGAAGUCGAUUAUGUUUAUGUGAGAAAUCUAUUCGUGUCCCCAUCUCACUUUCCUAUUUCCACUGGAACCCCAACUUGUUGUACUGGUGCGUCUUAGUGAAUGUCACUUGGUUCUACGUACGCUACUUGUUCCUGGUGAUUCUGUACUUACGAGAUGUCCGCAAUACCAACCAAAUCCCUCAACACAUGGUGGCAUUUUCGAAGCUGUUUGUUCCUCCGUUGUGUUCGGUGAUCUUCACCCGCAAAACUACUGUUUUUUGAGGCAUUGGUUCUCUGCUUAUGUACCGUUCGCUCCUGAGCAUAUCUCCUUUGAAUCACAUUCGCUCUUCCCGUUGUUUUUGUUUCAUUAGUAGUGGGCAGUGUACAGCUUUCACACACCGUCGUUAAUUUCUUGUUUAUGACGCAGGAAAUCUGCUUUUAUUUUCUCUGCCCCAUCAGCCUAGGUUUUCCCGCUUAUUGACCGCGCCUGUUGUUACUUUCUCUGUUUCUGUACCCAUCAUCAAUCUUUCAAUCUGGUUUAUUCAACUGCAAUCAUUACAGCGCAACACUAACGCUAGAUCCAAAAUUAUAUUUCUUUUUGUCAUUGACGGAGUACUGCACUUUGACGGGGCCGAUGGUGGGUUCCCAUUCAGCCUGGUCUCGAGGUGUGAGUAUAGUGACGG